GUGUGUGUGUGUGUGUGUGUGUGUGUGUGUGUGUGUGUGUGUGUGUGUGUGUGUGUACUUGGUGUUUCUGUCUUGUCCUUGUCGGGUCAUUGUCUGCUGUCUCCCUGAGUUGCUGUGUGAUCGCUUGUUGUCUGCCCUUUCGUCGUAUCUCCCUGUUUCCCUGCACCAUUCGGAUUUCGGUUUGGACAACCUCUGUUUUGGACUCGGUAUCAGCCACUCAAACCUGUGCUCGCUGUGCUGUGCUUUAGUUGUUUAAAUAAAUCACUAAACUGUACCUGCCGGCUCCAACCUGCUCAACCCUGCCUUUACCACAAAGGCAUGACACUGAAGCGGCCGCCUGACUGUCGAUAUCAAAGCACAUAUUGGAACAAGUACGUCUUUAGAAACAUCGAAAUUACGGUUAAAUAGGCUGUUAGUUUUUGUUUUACCCUAAGCCUUAUGUAAUAAUGUUAACGUAUCGAUGCUCCACUCCUGCGUUUUAGAGCCAAUCAUGGUCCGCGUUGGCAGCGUUCAUAUUUCUAGCUCCACCCGAUUAAAAUGGAGGCCGUUGCCAUGGUGAAUUGUAGUAUCGGAGCUCCAUUGAUGAGGCUUUUUUUCCUCCCCACUCGCGCCUCCAUCAGGCUCAACAUACUCAGAGCUGACUGAACUUAUUCUGAUCGGCCUUUCUGAAACCAAAAGCUUGGAGUUCAGGUUCACACUCAAAGUUUGUUGAACCUGCUUUCUGAAACAGGCCCCUGAACCAAGGUCCAGUGAGGCCCUCAACUAUUUUGUAAAUGCUUCACCCUCUAAGGCGAUGCUACAUAAAUGAUGGCGUACAUCACACAUGUACAGCGCACAACACAGCCUGUCACACACCUCUGGACGCAGGAGGAGGGACUGCGUCGGCACUGCCGUGGUCACGCACGGGGGAACAGCAUCACACACUGCCCGACAGAUUUCUCCUUCAGAAGAAUAUCUGUACAGGGUGUGUAUGUGUUGUGUCCACACGAAGCAAAGUGUCAAGUCGAGGGCUUCGUCCAGAGAGUGGGUGGACCACCACACCACCUCGUCCUCACGCUGCUUCUCUUCAAGGGAGAGAAGAUCGCAGAAUGAGGAGCGUGAACCGAGGGUGAGCGCUCUGCCGGCGUGCUACGUUCCGAGGCGCACGCAGCAUGGGGGAUAACGUCAGAAAGAAGCCUGUGUCACGGACGCCGCACACCCGUACUGGUGUGGCGGCGUCCCGCCCCGCUCGGGCCAACUUGCUAGAAGACAUCGCUCUUCUUUCCUGAUUGGAAAUCUUCUGCUCUUUAGACAGCUCAGUGCUGAAGAAAAAUGGGAGCCAAAGGCCGGGUCUCACCGCUGUGUGUGUGUGUAUAUAUACAUCCCCCAAAAUGCACCACAGGAAGUCAUUCCUCCCUGUGGCCAUCAAACUCUAUAAGUGUCUGACACACGGCUGCGUUCAGACUGCAGGCCGAUGUGACCCAAAUCCUUAUGUGACUCGGAUCUGAUCUUUUUAUGACAGUGUGAACAGGCCGGGUCACGUGGAGUCUGAUCUGUUCCAGUUCGGAACUGGUCCACUUUCAUAUGUGGUCCAAAUCCGAUCUUUUUAAACGCCACCUGUCUGGACACUCAGGUCGCAUUUGAUGCGACUUUGACGUCACUGCAGAGCAGCUGUUGUCACAGCUCUGCUGUGGACGGAGCCGCCAUUAUUAACACGUGGCUCUCUUCCAUCGCUACCUCGCUAUUAUCUUAUUAUUCUUCUACCUGAACUCCACCGGACCGGAGCUCUCUUCUGAGUUACGUGUAUGCUACUUGUCCGAGCGGACACACCGGGCAGAGAGAUGGAGUGAGCGACUUGUGGGGCAGAUGCGUUGUCCAGCGCCAGAAACCGUAAUGAAACGAACAGGAAGUUGUGAACACUUGUCAUAAUUCUGGAGAAAUGUGACGAGUUCUUCUUCUGCGCAUGCGGGUCACUUUCAGGCCGCCAACAGUUCACACUGGAGUCUGAUAUGGGCCACAUUUAAACUAAUAAUGUGAACCGUCAAACUACAAAAAUUGGAUCUUGAAUUGAGCAUUAAGGCGUGCAGUCUGAAUGUAGCCUUAGUCUGUUUUAAACUGGACACUAUUAUCUGUUUUGUGCAAUAACACCUGCUUAAAUACUUAACGUACAAUACUCUGCUGCUACUAUUUAUUCAUUAUUACUGUUCACCAUAACAAUUCUUUAAUAAUGCAAAUAUUGUACAUAUCCACAGACUUUAUAUUUUUCUAUAUAUUUUAUAUUUAAACUCUUCUCUUUCUAUUAUUAUUUCUAUUCCUUAUGCCUUGAUGUGCAAUGUGUACAACUGUGACACAAGAAUUUCCCCUCGGGGAUCGAAGUAUUUCUGAUUGUGAUAAGAGGCAAAAAAUGGAUGGAUGGAUAUUUAAAUUAUUUAUAGUAUUUUAGUGUUUGAACCUCUGCUAUUCUUUUUCUUUCUUUUUCUUUUAUAUAGCGGUUCUAAAAAAAUCCGUCACUUUAUCUCAAACAUUAAAAACAAAGUUUUAACUUUUUUUUGUGUUUCGUUGUCUUCAUCAGUAGAAAGUUUGCUCAGUUGUCAUGGAGAUGUUUUAGCUAAUCUGUCCUCUGACUUUCUUCUUUCAGACCUGAUUCAGCUCUCAGCUCAGAGGAUCCAGAGGACACAGAGACCUCCAUCAUGGCCACCGCUGACCUGCUGCUGGAGCUGAUGUUCUCCUGGAUCCAGCAGAGGGAGCUCUGUGCAGAGCAGCUGAAGAAACUGGCCCAGGAGCUGGAGUCUCUCAGGGAGAAAUGCAACGUCAGUGAAUGUGUUGGCAGCUCAGCGGCAGUGGUUGGAGCUGCAUGUGUGAUCGGGGCUGGCGCAGUCACUUUGUUCACCGGUGGAGCAGCUGUUCCACUUUUAGGCUUGAUCGGAGCAGUGUCUUCAGUUGGAGGGGUCACCAUAUCUGUGGUUACUAAACUCACUGAGCACUUCUUAUCCAGUAGCACCAUGAAAGAGGCGCAGAAGAUAGAAGAGCAGAGCAACAAAAUUGCAGAAAGAAUCCAGAAACUGUUCCAGCAGCUGAAGGCCGAGGUGAAGAACAGGAGUUCCUCAGCAGACCCAGAUAAACUGGACCGACGCAUGAUGAUGGAAAUUCUGACAGCCAUGGGCCGACGCAGUGGGCUGAAGGGGGAGAUCAACGUCCGCAUGUGUGGUGACAAGCCACAGUUUUAUUUUGAUGCAGGACCAAGACACAUUGGACUCAACAGGAUGGCCGUCAACCCUGCAUUGGCGGUUGGAUUUGCCGCUAUUUUAAAAUUUUUCGCAUUUGAAGUUAGCGAUAAAGAAUUAAAAAUUUUGUUUGCUAACGGCGCCAAACAACUGAUGAAACUUUUGUCUACAACUGGAUUUAAAACUGCUCUUAAAGGAGGAGCCAAGGUUGUGGGAGGAGCUUUAGGACUGGCGUUUGCACUUCCUGAGGCGAUUGACAACUGGACAGACCUGAUCAAGAAUAAUCAUGUGACUGAAGCGAGCCAAUCACUGAGAGAUACAGCUGACGACCUUCUGAAGAUCAGCCGGACACUGAGGGAACAGUUUGACAACAUCAAGGAGAUGUUUGACCAGAUGGCUACAAGUCAACGAGAACACGAGGAUGAUCGUCAAGAAGACAAUAAUAGUUCAUAUUCAGCUCAGGAGAAUAGCGAUCAGGAAGAUGAGGAGCGUGACAGAGAGGAUGAAGACAGCAAUCGGGAGCGUGACAGAGAGGAUGAAGACAGCGAUCGGGAGGAUGAGGAGGAUGAUAGAGAGGAAGAGACGGAGGACGAUGAAAGCAGUCACGAAGCUCCUGCAGCAAUAAGGGUGGGGUUGGUUAAUGUUCGGUCGAUGAACAACAAAACAUCCAGGAUCUUAGAGCUCAUAACACAAAACUACCUGGACGUCUUCCUCACAACAGAGACGUGGUUAAAUAGGGACACUGGAGACGAUGUCCUUACUACAGCUUCACCACACAAUUUUAAUUUUAAUCAUCGGUCAAGAGCUACGAGAGGGGGAGGGGUGGCGAUUCAAUACUCACGGUACCUGAAUGGUGAACAAAUUCAUUUCGACUUCAUAACAACCUUUGAACAUGUUGCCACAGUUCUGCAACAUGAUGAGUGGACCGAGCCGGUCCUGAUCAUCAAUGUGUAUCACCCACCGGGGUACAACCUGAACCGAUUCCGUGCCUUUCUGGAUGAGCUUCAAAUGCUCUUGGAUGAGGUUCGUGAAAUCUACAACAGCAUCAUUGUAACUGGCGAUUUCAACAUCCAUGUUGAUAAUGAAAGGCGGACCGCUACGGACGAGUUUGAAUUCUUUUUGCUGAUUAAUGACCUUUUUCAGCAUGUGGGGGAGCCAACACACCAGGCAGGUCACUUUCUGGAUCUGGUCCUCACCAGAAAUGUUGAAAUCUCUAAUUUAUCUGUCCGGAACGAUAGAAUAUCAGAUCAUUACACUGUAUAUUUCUCUGCAAGGCCAGCGUCGGGAGAUAGAGAGGAGAAAACCAAAGAAAAGGCGGAUCGAGACGAGCCGGCAAAGAGGAAGAAAGAAGAAUAGAAAAUAUCUCAGGUUUAAGAAGUGAACUUGGAAACUCUUUUGCUUUGCUUUGAGUUGUUUUAUGUUUAUUUUGUAGGUUAGCUAACUUGGUGUUAGCAUAUUUCACUGCUAAUGUGGCUAGCAGGCUUUGACUAGCUACCAGCAGCUAGCUUGCUCAGAUCCUAAAGCUGCAGCUAGAGGCUUGCUGGGCAGUGAGAUGAGAUCCACAGAUACACUUAAUUAGCUAAUUUAUCACCAGUGAGGUACAAAAAUGGCUGUUGAGCCACAAUAAAUCACCACAGGAGGAAUUAGGGCGACUACGAGUAUCUGGCACCAAGACGUUAGAAGCAGAUCUUUGUGCCCGUUGUAGGCAGUUCAGCAGUGGACAGGGUCAGCAUGGGCGCCCUGACUGGUCUGCAGCCCCAUAUGCAACAAACUGUGAAGCUCUGUGUAUUCUGACAUCUUUCUAUCAGAACCAGCAUCAAAUUUUUCAGCAAAUUGACCUACAGUAGCUCGUCUGUUGGAUCAGACGGCCAAACUUCGCUCCCCACAUCCAUCAAUGAGUCUUGUGGCCAGUUCACUUUUCACCUGAUUAAACACUAAUUUAUCCUAAUUUGAUUUUUAAUAUUGAAACAAACCAGUUUCUAGAGAAAAGAUGUAAUGAAAUAAGUCAGGAAAAAUAAGACCUGAAAUAACAAACAAAGGACGGCUUAAGUAUUUGAGAAAGUACACCAUAUAUUUGUAUUAUAUACACUUGUAUAUAGACUUGUAUGACACAGAGCAGGCUGAGUGUGAAGCCGAAGCGUUUGGGGCUUACAGUUUUUCUCAGUUGCUUAAACACUAUAAACAGGUUUUUGAUCUGAAAUUUCAUGACUAUAACUUCAUUUUUCAGAAAGCACACCCCUUUCACUAAACUCUACACACACACAUCCCUUCAUUUCUCAUUGCCCACACCAUGUGGUCAUUUAGAGAGCACUAACAAUCAGUAUUGUUCAAUCAAGUCAGCAGAGCUUGAGCUCAAUUAGCACACAGCUACCCAGGUGGAAACACAAAGAAUCACAACUGUUAACACACCGAUCAGAACCUUCAACAGAUGGAUAAAAGGACCAGAGUCAGUUCAUUCAGUUUUGGAACAAUGGAUCCAGGGAAAUCUGAAGGAAGACGUAGAGCAGUGGUUCUCAAAGUGGGGUCUUUGAUGGGGCUCCAGGGGGUCCCCCCAGCAAAAAGAGGAAUUAUUUAAAAAUACUACUUUGGUCAUGGGUUUCUUACACUUUCUGUAAUAAAACAUCUAAAAAGCAAAACUUUAGGGGUCCUUGUUGGGAAAUAGUUUAAGAACCACUGAGCUAGAUGACACCAGAGAGGAAGAGGUGGAAGAGGAGGAGAAUAUCUGGCCUGUCCCAGACCAAAGACAGGAUGUUUGGGCAGAAUUAUUUGUUGUUUGGUGUGUUAAACUCUUCAGCACUCUACAGAAUAAAAAAUGUGUAAAUGCA